AAGGCUUGCCCCUCCUCCAUCCUCUUUCUGGCUUUAUCGUACUGCGCAGGCGCACUGAGUGAACCAAGAUGGCGGCUCCCGUGGAUCUGGAGUUGAAGAAGGCCUUCACAGAGCUUCAAGCCAAAGUUAUUGACACUCAACAGAAGGUGAAGCUUGCAGACAUACAGAUUGAACAGCUAAACAGAACGAAAAAGCACGCACAUCUUACAGAUACAGAGAUUAUGACUUUGGUAGAUGAGACUCACAUGUAUGAAGGUGUAGGAAGAAUGUUUAUUCUUCAGUCCAAGGAGGCAAUUCACAAUCAACUGUUAGAGAAACAGAAAAUAGCAGAAGAAAAAAUUAAAGAAUUAGAACAGAAAAAAUCCUACCUGGAGCGGAGUGUGAAGGAAGCUGAGGACAACAUCCGGGAGAUGCUGAUGGCACGAAGGGCACAGUAGGAAAUCUCUAGCAAAAGCUUCCUGCCCCCUCCCAUUCCUGGCAAGGGCAGAGGGGCCCAUGUGGGGAAAGCAUCCUCUCUCCUGCCCUGAUGGACUUUUUUUUUUUUGGAUGAUCUGGUAACCCUGUGUUUUCUCCUUCACCCUGAUACCCUUUCAGAUCCCAACUCUGCGUUUUUUGUCCUGGCUCUGUCUGCCACCCCUGCCCAGAACACUCUUCUCCCCUGGGAGUGAGUCACCAACUCCCAAGAGAGGGAAGCUGGGAGCCAGGACAUGGGGGGGCUUUGCCCAAGCCUAUCACUAGUUAUGCUGCUUAGACCAAUAAAAGGCAUCUGUUCCCCCAGCCACUCUACUAAGUCUGCCUUUCUCAAGCCAAAGGAUGAGAACCAAGGGCCAGAGAAGCAGAAGCUUUCAACCUCAGCUCCCUCCCUGUUCUGUCUCCUUCCAGGGCUUUGGCUCUGUUCCUUCUUUAUUGAAGCCUUUCCUGCCCUUUUUUUUCCCCUUUCUGUUCCUUUGAGUAAAUCCCUCACCUUCUGAGCCUCCCUGCAGAUAAGGAAGGAAGGAAACCAGGGCAUAGCUGAAUUCAAGUAACUGUGGUGGCAGUGUGCCCAAAGAUUCCUUCCUCUUCCUCACAAAUGUUCCUGAAGAAAAUGCAGUAAUAAACCAGCAGUACCUCCA